AUGGCCCUCACAGGAAAUUAUCAGGUUCGCACUGAGUUCAGCACCAGAGACAUACCUACAAACACCAACCAAGGAAAAGAAGAGGGAGGCCGAGACAGUAGGAGGAUCGGUAGAAAUCGGGAUACAGAGUUUCUUCAUACUCCGGUGUACUUCCAUAUCUUGAUGCAUUGCUUGACACGUCGGUACGGCAUCUCGUCAUUAUGGAUUAGAUCCUGGAGCAAGGCCGUUGGUGCCUUGAGAAGUGAUAUUAAGUGGCUCCCAGCUACUGUUCACAAAGUCUACACAUCUCCAACUUUUCCUGCGGAUGAUCUAUCGCUACGAAAGGUAGUAGUCAAUUUGAGCAAGGAGACAAAGAUUGGAGCUCAGUCAGUGGCCACCUUGGGUAUUUUGAAUGACGCAGUUUUUGAGGAAACUCAGCCUUCAAACGCGAUUCAACUAUGGCGAUGA